AUGUCAGACUCUUCAUUGCAACAACCUCCAAAACGGAUCUGGGCCUCCCUAAUAACAAACCUCUCCUACCUCCCAGGCCUCUUAACCCUCCACCACUCCCUAAACCACCCAUCUCCAGACCCAGGGAUCGCCUCAACGAACCUCAAUGCCGCCCAAGGGACAAAAUACCCCUUUGUAGCCUUCUACACCUCAACCUUCCCAGCCACAGGCCUAGAAAUCCUCAAAGCACGCGGCAUCCCAGCAAAACACGUCCAAUCCGUAACACCAGGUAUAACACGCAAGUACGCGCAAGACCCACGCUUUGCAGAAACAUGGAACAAACUCAUCGUUUUCUCGCUGGAGGAGUAUGACCGCGUCGUCCUCCUUGAUGGAGAUAUCCUUGUUAGGAGGAAUAUGGAUGAACUCAUGGAGAUGGAGUUAGAUGGGAGGGAUGUACUUGACAAUGGCCAAGCAAGACGGGCUUUCGCUGCUGCGCAUGCUUGUGCUUGUAAUCCUAUGAAGAAGGAGCAUUAUCCUGCUACCUGGAUCCCCGCAAACUGCGCCUAUACAACCCAACACGCAACCCCAGACCAUGCCCAGUCAACAGCACCAGCACCGGGCUCCGGCGUAGGCAUGCUAAACAGCGGCGUGUUGGUGGUGACCCCUUCACUCAAGAUCUACGACGAGAUAAGCACCGGACUGGCCGAUCUAGCGCGGAUAGAGAAAUACGAUUUCCCAGACCAGGAAUUGCUCUCUGAAGUCUUCGACGGGCGGUGGGUGCCACUGCCUUAUGUUUAUAAUGCGUUGAAGACGUUGCGGAUGGAGGGUGUGCAUGAUUGCCUAUGGCGGGAUUCGGAGGUCAAGGCUGUGCAUUAUAUUUUUGGGACGAAGCCUUGGCAUGAGGAUGUACGUGAGGGGAAUGUAUCUGGGCUUGAUGAGGUGAAUGUUUGGUGGUGGAGGGCUAAUUGGGAACGGCAGGCGUUGGAGAGGGGGGAAAGUUGA